ACGAAAUUAUUCCCACACAUCAAUCAUCGACACCUUUCAAGACCACAGCCCCCAUCACCGCUGUCAAAAUGGUCAACAUUCCGAAAACCCGCAAGACCUACUGCAAGGGCAAGGACUGCCGCAAGCACACCCAACAUAAGGUCACUCAGUACAAGGCUGGCAAGGCCUCUCUCUUCGCGCAAGGAAAGAGACGUUACGACCGCAAGCAGUCCGGUUAUGGUGGUCAGACCAAGCCUGUGUUCCACAAGAAGGCCAAGACGACAAAGAAGGUUGUGCUACGAUUAGAAUGCGUUGCUUGCAAGACCAAGCUACAACUCGCGCUUAAGCGAUGCAAGCACUUCGAGCUCGGUGGUGACAAGAAGACGAAGGGUGCCGCCCUGGUAUUCUAAACGCAUUUCUCAUACUUAUGUCGUUGCACGUACUUCUUUUAGGGCAAUAGGGUGGUUUAUCAUGGCCGGGCAUUCACUGGCGACGGGAGUCUUUCGAUCCUCGGUUUGAGAGCAUUAGAUAGGUCAAAACAGAACCGAAUCUGCUCUUACGAAUUCUGCCAUCAUGUAUGUGAUAAAUGCUAGGAUGAAGUGACGAUACUGGAGUAAUGAAUGGCUAUAUGAUAUUCGGAAAUAAGAUCAUGGUCCUGGCAUCUUCACUGUGAUAUCCGUUUCUAGUCCUCAUGAUAUUCCCCAAAACCUCGGCGUGGCAUGGGGUUUAGGUCAGCUUUACUCCUUAAAAUCUACAGUUUACUCCAUAAGCA